GUGGAUCAACGAACAACACUUACCAAUCUAUUAUUCAAAAUCAAAUCCGCUAGCCAUAGACCAUAUACACAAACCAAAGUAGUUUGUGACCAUAUACCCCCGCUAACUGAACUGGCCUUUCAACUUCUCUGUACGCUACAUUUAUUAUUAUUGUAGAUUGUUAUUUGUAAUAAAUAACAGUAUUUGGUGCAAUAAAAAAAGAAAUAGUUUAGAGGUUAUAUAUGUUCCUUAUAUGAUGAAACUGGAAAAGCCAAACAAAACGUGACACUUCUUUUGCUUUACUGUGGAAUUAGAAAUUAGUAGAUGGUACCUCCUUGGGUAUCUCCUUCGGUAUCUCCUUCAUUUCAUUUGCACUGAAUAUACUUCAAGAUAAAGAUAUGCCUGAUGAAAUGAAAUGUUGGGUCCCUACUUGUAGGGACAGUGCUGCUCAAGGGUAUACUAACAAGUAUUAUGCUCUUCCUGCAAAUUUACAGACAAGAGAAUUUUGGAUCGCCGUUUCCGGAAAAUCAACUGGAUCUUUUCCACCAGAGGAUAUUGUUUUUUGUGAGAAACAUUUUCAUCCCCAAGAUGUUGUGAAUAUUGAUAACAAUUGCUACAUUAAUAAAAAGGUGCUCUUCCCAAAUAGAAAUAUGCCAGAUAGGAUGUGCAGAAUCUGCAUGUCUAUUAUACCUUCUGAUCAAUCUUUCCACAUCAUCAGCAGUAGAUUCCCAAUUGAAAUGCCAUCAAGUAUUAAGGAUAAUUUAAGUUUUUAUAUAAGCAGCCAACCGGAAACUUUAUACCACAUAUUCACAUUAUGUAUGCCUGGAUUGAAAAUACCUAGAGAGCCAUGUCCACUCCUAUGUGAUGAUUGUUUUCAUAAAAUCUGGCUAUUUUUCAUAUUUAAAAUAACCUGCAUGGAAGUGGAAAGAGAUCUGAAAGGUGAUAUGUCCUGGGAAAAUUAUGGAAAGAAGGUUCUAUGUCGUUCUUGCAUACAAACUUCUGGAACCAAUUUUAUGACCCUGUCUCCUCAGUCUAGCAUGGGUUCUUUAUUAAAAAAAAUGUUUGAGAGUGACUGCCCUUCUUCGGAAAUAGUGCCGUUAAGAGUUUGUUUGGUGUGUUACAAUGUUCUGGAAAAACUUGAUCAGUUCAACAAAAAUUGUUAUGAGGUUGAAGAGAAAAUGAGACGUCAUAUGGCUCUCAAACUAAAGUAUACUCAGGCACCUUCGACUAGUACUCAUAACUUUUAUUCCUCUACAAAUAAUGGUGAAAAUAUAAAAAUGAGUUCUUCAGUUAGUGAGGCUAAUUUGGAAUGUGUUCAAAAUAGAACUGGAACAUUAUUUAAUUCGGCAAAUUCUGAAAAUAUGAAAAAGAUUUCAUCUGUAGGCUCAUCCCUAAAAGAUAAAAUAAUUUUGGCUAGGCUCAUGUUGAGUCAUGGAUAUCCAUUGAAAAGUGAUUUCUACCAACAAGAAAUCUGGUCUUUGAUUUGCCAAAAAAUGCAAGACCAAGGUAUUAGUUGCACUGUUCCUGGUCUUAUGAAUGUUUGGAAAGAAAUGUGUAAGGAAACCAAAAGAAAAUCGGAAUUAGGUGGACAGAAGGGAUUACUUGCUGACCUGGUAACGGAAUUCAAUAAUAUGGAAUCAAAGACUAAAGCAAAGGAUAACUCUAAAAAUUCAAGAAGUUUCAGAAUUUCCAAAUCUCCUAUGGAUUCAGCUAGAAGUAAGCAAAACUCAUGUUCAACACCUGAUAAAGUUAGUACAAAUAAUAAUCCUCCUGUUGAUCGUAAGCUACAAGAAAAAGGCGAUAAAAAAAACUCAAUUAUUAAGGUAAUAUCUGAUGUGGAUAGUCAAAAGAAAAGCGUAUCAAUCGCUAACAAAUCAAAUUCGCAGAGUAAUGGCAAUAAUCCACAAAUGUGGUCAGAGGAAAUGAAACUCAAUUUUAUAAACCGUCUCGUAAAAGAAUACAAUGAGUAUACAACUAAAAGAAAUUUAUCAAAGCUGCGCAUUGGACAUGGACCUUGGAGAACAAUUUGCAUGAAAUUGGCUCAUAGUAGGGGUUAUCAGGAGUGUGAUGGUCUUUUUCUGUACCGAAUGUGGAGUUCAAUAAAAUAUAAAGCUCUGCGAGAGAAAGUUUCGAUGAGUGUCACUCCAAUAGGAAAGAAAAUUUUGGAUUUGUUGGAGAGAGAAUCAAACAUUCAUAAAACAUCGCAGCUUGACAUGAAUAUCAAAGCUGGUGGAAAAAGUGUUGCAAACCAAGGAAAAAUAACGAUAAAUAAGGUACCCAGAACAAGAGGAAGGCCCAAAAAAUUUGGUGAUAAAGAGACAAAUUCCGUCAGUCCUGUUAAAGAAAGGCAUUCUGUCUCUCUUGAUGAAAAAUUACAAUUGGUCAAUGCAAUAAUUAAAGAAUAUGAUGCUUGUAAAGAUGAAGAAAAAAUUAGUAAAGGUCUAUGGUGCUCAAUUAUUCGAAGGGUGAUUAUCAAGUUACCUUACUGGCAGUACGACAAGGCAUAUGCAUAUUGGAGCAAAUUGAAAGUGUCGGCGUUAACUCACGAAAAAGGGAAGUCUGAUGUGUUAGACAACAAAAUUUGGAAGUUAUUGCAAAGACAUGAAGUAUUUAAAAAUGAUCAUGCAAAAAAUCGGUCUGAAAAAACCGUUGAAGCAAGUGUUGAUUCAAAUUGCAUUAGUCGCAUUACUGAUGAUCAAGAUAGGACUACAAAACAUUCCAUGAAACAAAUUGAAUCACUGCCAAAUACUUCCAAAGACUCAAAAAAAAGAUUAAGUUAUGUGACACUUACCUCUGGUAAAAAACUUAAGAACUUUUCAACUAGCUUGUCCGAAGAAGAAGGAUUAUCGUUAGUCAAGCUAUUGAGAAAAACAUCUGAUGAAAUGUACAAGGAAAAUCCAUCAUCUGUUCACUGGUCUGCGAUAACCAAAAAAAUUUUUGAGGCUGGAGGUUAUAAAGAUUUUACACUGGAAGAAGUUGAUGCCUUAUGGUCUAAGAUGAUAUGCGAUGCUUCUAGAAACAAACAUAACCAUUCUGCAACAAGUUUAGAUAUGGAAGUUCUGAAUUUAAUGACAGAAGCUUCGAACAAACACACUAAUGGAGAUUCAUUACUGAUACAGGAAGUCAAAAAUCUUCAGAAAAGCGAUCGUAUUUCACAGCUUCCAACAUCGAGCAUGGAACAGAGUGACACUGAAAGUGAUAAAGUUGGUGAAAGUAACAGUAAUCAUCUAAAGAAGAAACCUUGGACCACAGACGAAAUUCAGGCUCUCAUAUCGGCUGUCAUGAAUUAUGGAGAUUUGGUAUUCAAAAACGGAAGAGAAGAUGACAUUUGGCCUGAGAUUUACAAAAAGUUCAUGGAUGCAGGCUAUAGUAGAUCAAUGAAUGCAGUUAGAUCUAUGUGGUAUCACUUGCGUAAGCGUGCAGAAAGAACAUGGGCCGAUAAAAGUGUCGGUAGCGAAGUAGACAGGACUUUAAUUUCCUUCAUGAAGAAGUUUUUAAAGAUGGAUACAAAUGCUGUAAGCAAAAUCGAGGAGUCUGAUGUUACUGAAGAGCGUCAGGAAAGUCUUGAAAAAAAAGAUGAAGAUGACCCAGUCUUACAAAUUGACUUGACAUAUGACUAUGUUUCAUUCGCAGACAUAGAAAAAUUGUCAGCAGAAACAGUGAAACAGUCUGUAAUAAAAACAGAGUACAUUAAAAAAAAAUCUGAAGAAACUGUUAGCAACUUUGUAUUUGCAAAAGUUGAAAGUGGAGUUGAAUUUGAUGAAUUCCACCAAGAUGAUGAAGAAACUUGCCACGUGGGAAUUUCUAGUAUUUCAUUUCCCGAAAUCUAUCAAAAGCCUUCAAUACAGCAGGUCACAAACGCCUUCUCCAAAAACUCCAAUCCUAUCAGAUAAGAGGACCCCAUACCAACUAAUGGAAAGCUGUGUGUCUGAACGAAAACAAGUUGUAGAAAUCGAUAGAAUAGCGAGUCCUUCAAGGGAUGUUUCUUAUGGAGUUCCACAGGGAACGGUUCUUGUACCUCUAUUAUUCACUCUGUACAUAAACAGUUUCAUGACAUAUCGAUCUACAGGUAAAAAUCAUCAGUUUUGCUGAUGAUAUGGCAAUACUUCAUGAGGACGAACAAGACUUUCAUUCAACAGUGUAACAGUGAACUAUGAAAAAUCAUACCAUUUACUAUUCACAUCGUAUUCCAACUAUUUAACCGAAUUAGGUCAUUUGGUGUUGAACAAAGUAACACACAUUCUAGAAAAAGAUAGGUCUAAGUACUUAGGAAUUAUUAUAGACAGGCACUUUAAAUGGGACCUUCACGUUAAUCACGUUAAAAAAUAAGCCAAGGGAUUGCUGCUUAUCAAAUUCAGAUAUCUCGCCCAGUUAUCAUAUGGAACACUAGGAUGGGUGGCGUAGCUACAUAUAAUUUACAUAAUUUAAGCGUUAUGCAAAAGUGGAUUUUGAGUAUAAUUUGCAAGAAAAAUAUUACUUAUUUCAGCGAUUUACUAUUCCUGGAAAACAGCAUUUUCGACUUAGACAAAUCUAUAUUUACUUAUCGUAAAUAAUAUAAAAUUACAGGCAAUUGAACAUUAUCACGACACAAAAGUAAAUAUAUCAAUGAAACGACAUGUGGAAAAACUAUCGGUCAACGGUCAGUGGAAUUUUUAGCAUCAAAAGUUUAUAAUUUACUUCCUGAUGAUAUAAAAAAAGUUUAAUCGUGUACAUCCUACAAAUUCCAUGGGAAAAAAUGAUUGGACAGAAAAGUUUUCAGUGAUCUCAUAGACUUAAAACUGCUACGCUAACUUAUGAGUUGUAUACAUCAGAUCAACUAAUUAUUUGAAAUAAUGAACUAAUUUUAACAUAUUCACAAAAUCUUCUCGGAUUUGACAUUACUCAACCGAUUUUGACAAGCAGUUAUAUUCUGAUAUUUAUUCAGGAAUUACUCCAAAUGUUUUAUCUCAACUGACAUCAUUCACAAAAAUUUUGAAUUGUAUUUUAUUGCUAUAUUUGUAAUUCAAUAAAUGUCAUGCAUAAGCUCUAUGAGCCUCAAUGACUUGUCAUGUGUAUUUAUGUGCUUGUAAUAUGUUCAUCUUUUAUCUUUUUAUACAUUUUUAAAAUAAACAUUAC